AUGUCUUCCGCCGCCGGCUACACUCGCUCCUCCCAGAGAGCCUCCUCCACCGUCUCGCCUCUCCGGUCACGGAAGUCUCCGGCGGCCAGCACAAAACCCGGCGGAAGACCUACCACACCGUCGUCGUCGUCGACGUCGUCGAGACCGUCGCCGAAAUUGUCUGUAUCCCCUGUAGCGGCCACCAGCGCCUCUGACGUCAGCAAGGCCAAGGAGAAUGUCUCUGUCACCAUCCGGUUUCGACCCCUCAGUGUCAGAGAAAUUAAUAAAGGGGACGAAGUGGCGUGGUACGCAGAUGGAGAUCAUGUAGUGAGAAAUGAGUUCAAUCCUUCCCUUGCUUAUGGUUUUGAUAAGGUAUUUGGGCCUGCAACAACAACUCGGCAUGUUUAUGAUGUGGCUGCUCAGCAUGUUGUCAGUGGUGCCAUGGAAGGGAUUAAUGGUACUGUUUUUGCAUAUGGGGUUACCAGUAGUGGAAAGACUCAUACCAUGCAUGGGGAGCAGAAGUCACCUGGAGUUAUCCCACUUGCAGUGAAGGAUGUCUUUAGUAUUAUACAGGAGACUCCUGGACGAGAAUUCCUUCUCCGAGUCUCAUAUCUUGAGAUUUACAAUGAGGUCAUUAAUGACUUGCUGGAUCCAAUUGGGCAGAACCUAAGAAUACGAGAGGAUGCUCAGGGGACUUAUGUUGAAGGAAUCAAAGAAGAAGUUGUGCUGUCCCCUGCUCAUGCCCUUUCUUUGAUUGCUACCGGAGAAGAGCAUAGACAUGUGGGCUCAAAUAAUUUCAAUCUAUUUAGCAGUCGAAGCCACACUAUAUUCACCUUGACUAUUGAAAGCAGUUCGCGAGGGGAAAAUAUAGGAGAAGAGGAUGUGGCAUUGUCCCACUUGCACUUAAUUGAUCUUGCAGGUUCUGAAAGUUCUAAGACUGAAACAACUGGUUUACGGAGGAAAGAAGGUUCCUAUAUUAAUAAAAGCUUGCUUACUCUUGGAACGGUGAUCGCUAAAUUAACAGAUGGGAAGUCAACUCAUAUUCCUUAUCGAGAUUCAAAGCUCACUCGUUUGUUGCAAUCAUCCCUUAGUGGCCAUGGACGAAUUUCUCUCAUUUGCACAGUUACUCCUGCCUCUAGCAGUAGUGAAGAGACGCACAACACAUUAAAAUUUGCCCACCGGAGUAAGCAUGUUGAAAUCAAGGCUUCUCAAAACAAGAUUAUGGAUGAGAAGUCUCUGAUCAAAAAGUAUCAGAGGGAAAUUUCUGAGUUAAAGCAGGAGCUUCAGCAGUUGAAGCGUGGCAUGAUUGAGAAUCCCAAUAUGGCUGCAUCUUCACAAGAAGAUCUGGUUACUUUGAAGCUUCAGCUGGAAGCUGGCCAGUCCAAAUUGAAGUCAAGAUUGGAAGAGGAGGAACAAGCUAAAGCAGCAUUGAUGGGAAGAAUUCAGCGACUAACCAAAUUAAUCUUAGUUUCUACAAAGAAUGCAAUGUCGUCAAGCGUUCUUGAAAGGCCUAAUCAUAGGCGAAGGCAUUCUUUUGGGGAAGAUGAGCUAGCAUAUUUGCCAGAUAGAAAACGGGAGCCCUUGAUUGAUGAUGAUGCUGGGAGCUAUGCUUCAGUUCCCUCCGUGGAAGAAAAGGAUGAUGUCACCAAUUUAGACGAAUUGGUGAAGGAUUAUAAAAGAAACAAAAGACGUGGAGUGCUUGGCUGGCUGAAGCUUAGGAAACCUGAUAAUCUUGAUGGAUUAUCGCCAAAUGUUGAUAGUGAGGGCUCUGCAAAUGGGUCACCUGCAUCUGCUUCAAAAUUGAUGCCAAAUGGAGUUACGCUUUAUGACAUGAAAGACUCUCGCAGGAAUUCAGUCAGCAGAAAGGAUAAUGCUUCAGCUCUUAAUUCUUUUCCAGGAAGAACUCAAGCAGGUGACUUGUUCAGUGUAACUGUUGGGGGUCGUCAACUUCCUCGGACUGGGACUACUGUUACUGAUCAAAUGGAUCUUCUUCGUGAACAAGUAAAAAUGUUGGCUGGGGAGGUGGCGUUAUGUAUUAGUUCUCUGAAAAGACUGUCUGAACAAGCAGCUAACAAACCUGAAGAUAUACAACUACAAGAGGACAUGCAUAAGUUAAAGGGUGAAAUUAGCCAAAAGAAGAACCAAAUCUGUAUUCUGGAGCAACAGAUGAUUGGAUCACUAGGACAUUCACCAAGUAACAGCGAAAUGUCUCAGGCUCUGUCCAAGCUUACCAUUGAGCUCAAUGAAAAAAUUUUCGAACUUGAGAUCAUGUCAGCCGACAAUAGGAUACUUCAAGAGCAACUACAGUUGAAGAAUUCAGAGAAUGCUGAGAUGCAAGAGACAAUUCUUUCACUGAGGAAACAGAUGAAUUUGUUGCUGGAUAAAAUCUCAGCGAAUUCUCAGCAGUUUGCUGACAGUGAGACUGAAAGUUCUAGAGAUAUAUUGGGAAAGACUGAUGAAACAAGGGCAGUCAAAAACUUGAAUUCAAUAGUUUCUCAAGCACACUCCAAGCAAGGAAAUAGUGACUCUAUUAUAAAUUCCCAAAUUCUUAUGCAGGCAGCUGAAAUAGAGAAUUUAAGGCAAGAGAAUGUGAGAUUGGUUGAAGAGAAAGACGGGCUUGAAAUUCAAAGCCAGAAGCUUGCAGAGGAAGCUUCAUAUGCAAAAGAGUUGGCAUCAGCUGCAGCAGUUGAACUCCGAAACCUAGCUGAAGAAGUGACUACACUUACUUAUGAAAAUGCAGAACUGACUGGUGAUGUGGCAGCUGCAAAAGAGGCCUGUUGCAAAUCUAACUUUUGUCAGAUAUCUUCAUAUGAUUGCAAGCAAAACAUCAAUAAUAAAUUUCAACGAGAUGUGCAAUCGAAUAAACUAGGGAAUGAAGUUCUUAUUGAGGAGUUGCAGAAGGACCUUAAUGCUAGAUUCCAAAGAGAAGCUGCAUUAGAAGCGGCUCUAUCUGUGAAAGAUGAAAUAGAAGGUGGCCUAAGGAGGACACUUGAUGAAAUAAAACACCAAAAACAAGAUUUGGAACAUGAGCUGACAAGCAUGCGGAUGCUGGUAGCAAAGAUGAGAAUGUCUGGCAUUAAUAUUGAGGAUAGGUCAACAGUUCAUAUGCCUAAUGACCUACAAACCAAGGUUAAAAAUGGACUUCCCUCGUCUAAUCGUUACUCUUAUAGAAAACAGUACAAAGAGGAUGAUACUUUAGGAAGCAUGGAAGAUAUGAUUGCAUUAGAAGAACUAAAGGCUAGUUAUCAAAGAGAAAGAAGAAGAUGCAAAGAACUAGAAAGUCGUAUUUCUAGAUUGAAGGGUGAAGACAUCGCUGGUCUGGAUGUUAUGGCCCUUGAAGAGCUUCAAAACCUUCAUAUUGAGGCAAUAACAAAAAUUUGCCAUGCAAAGUAUGCAAAUCAAAACAUGUAGCGUCUUGCUAUUGACUGCUGUACAGUAUACUCGGUAUGCUUACAAAAUAUUGACAAUC